AUGAGUCUGAAAAAUUGAAAAAAUCAAUGGAAUCGUAAAUAAUCGAUUGAUUAAAUUUAUUAAAAAACCGAUCGACAUCUAGGAAAAUCUUCAAAUCAUGGCGCCACUUUUGAAAUCCACUACUUUCGAGAACCCUCAACUCCCUCAAUAGAAAACCCCUCUAACCUCUCUUUCUUCUACGAAAUAUUUUAAGUACGACUACAUUUUUCUAAUUGUGUUGCGAUGGAUCGGCCAAGGGAGCAAGAUGAUAGUGUAUCAAAGGAAAAUGAAGAGGUUUCGGUGGCGAAGGCAAGUCGACGCGGUCGAAAGAAGGAUGCCCAGGUCAUUAAAGCUCGAAACCCUAGUGAUGUUGGAGGUGAUGGAGUAGCUCUAACUGCGUCAAAUGAGAAAGACAAGAUUUUGGAGGAUGAUAUUCAGAAGAAAAGGAAAUCUUCAGGUUACAAUGUUUCUGAGGAAGUUAAAAUCAGUAAGAGGGAUCCCAAAUGGGUAGCCGAGGAAUCUUUAAUGUGCCACCAGUGCCAGAGAAAUGACAAAGGCCGGGUUGUUCGAUGUCGGAAAUGCACCACCAAACGAUACUGUAUCCCUUGCUUGACCAAUUGGUAUCCUCAGAUGAUAGAGGAUGAAGUUGCUGUAGCUUGCCCAUUUUCUGGGAUUUGCAACUGUAAAUCGUGCUUACGUCUGGAAUAUGUCCCAGUAGAAAUUCUAAAGAAUUCAAAUUGGAAAAUUAGUAAAGACGAAGAAGUUCAGCAUUACAAGUAUAUAGUACAAUCGCUUCUUCCACAUUUGAAGCAGUUAAAUGAAGAACAAUUGAUGGAGACACAUAUCGAGGCUAAAAGACAAGGGAUAUCAAUGUCAGAGUUAAAGAUAACAAUAGCUGAUUUUGACAUGGAUGAGCGUGUGUACUGUGAUAUAUGCAGAACUUCGAUAUUUGAUUUCCACAGAAGCUGUUCAAACUGCUCCUGUGACAUCUGUCAUAUUUGUUGUCAGGAAAUCCGUGUUGGAAACUUGUGCUGCGGCAAUCAGGAAAAGGUGAUAUUGAAGUAUGCUAAGGUGGGGAUUCAAUAUUAUCAUGGGGAGGACAUUCAUGUUGAAAAUGAGGCUGAGGUUGAAUUGGCUGAUGAGGGAAAAGCUCAAUUGGCUGCUGAAACUUGCUCUAGGGAUGAUGUAAGGUCAGCGUCUAAUUGGAAAGCCAAUAAAGAUGGAAGCAUACUGUGUCAUUGUGGUCAUGGGAUUCUAGAAUUGAAGAGUAUGUUCCCUGAAAAUUGGGUUUCAGAGUUGGUAAGGAAAGCAGAUGAUGUUGCAAAAGCUUACAAACUUGUGGACACUGUUAGACUUCCUGGGGCGCCAUGCUUGUGCUUUGAAGCAAAUGGUGAUGCUAACUUGAGCAAUAAUAAGUUACUAAAAGCUGCCACUCGAGAAGAUUCUGAUGACAACUAUUUGUAUUGCCCAGCGUCCAAAGAUAUCCAACAUGAAGAUUUGAAGCAUUUUCAGUACCACUGGAUGAGAGCUGAGCCUGUAAUUGUCAGAAACGUGCUAGAAGCCGCAUCUGGUUUGAGUUGGGAGCCAAUGGUCAUGUGGCGCGCCUUUCGCCAAAUGAAACAUGUCAAAUAUGGGCUUUUGAAUGUGAAGACCAUUGAUUGUCUGGAUUGGAGUGAGUACGAGAUUAAUGUCCACCAAUUCUUCACUGGAUAUUCAGAAGGUCGAUUUCACAAAAACGAUUGGCCUCAAAUACUGAAAUUGAAAGAUUGGCCUUCUUCAAACCUAUUUGAGGAAGUCCUGCCUCGUCAUGCUGCAGAGUUUAAAUGCUGCAUACCUUUCAAGGAGUAUACACAUCCUACAAAAGGUGUUUUAAACAUUGCUAUUGCAUUGCCUGAUAUAUGUUUGAAGCCUGAAAUGGGGCCAAAGACAUAUAUUGCUUAUGGAGUUGCUCAAGAGUUUGGGCGUGGAGAUUCUGUAACCAAGCUUCACUGCAAUACGUCUGAUGCGGUAAAUGUUUUGACACAUACUGCUGAAGUGACCUUUUCUCCUGGACAACUUGCUAAAAUAGAGAAUUUGAAGAAGCAGCACUUUGAGCAUGACCAAAGAGAAAUUUUCGGAAAAACAGAGGCUUUGGAUGUUAAAGUUUAUUGUAUUCGGAAUGAAAUUGACUUUUCAAUGAUUCUAGAUAUGGAUAGCAGUAAUGAUGGUGGAAAGUUGGUCGGGGUGGAAUAUGACGAAGGAGGUGCUCUCUGGGAUAUUUUCCGGAGACAGGAUGUUCCUAAACUACUGAACUAUCUUAACAAGCACUUCAGAGAAUUUCGGCAUACUUAUUGUCUUCCAGUGCAAAAGGUUUAUCACCCCAUACAUGACCAGACAUUUUAUUUGACUCUAGAGCAUAAGAGAAAGCUGAAGGAAGAAUAUGGCAUUGAACCAUGGACAUUUGUCCAAAAACUUGGGGAUGCUGUCUUAAUUCCUGCUGGCUGUCCUCAUCAAGUCCGAAAUUUGAAGUCAUGCAUAAAGGUUGCAAUGGACUAUGUCUCACCUGAAAAUGUCAGUGAGUGCAUUCGUUUGACAGAAGAAUUCCGUUUACUUCCUGAUGGCCAUCGAGCUAACGAGGACAUGUUGGAGGUAAAGAAAAUGACUCUUUAUGCAAUGGAUCGGGCAUUGAAGGGUUUGGAGCCAAAUGCAGGGCAAGUUGUUUUUUUUUUUUUGGUUGAGAUUUGAAGUACUGGAUUGCAUGUGCCUUUU